AGAAAACUGAUUGUCUUAUCCAAUCGAUCAAAGACGAAGGAGUCCCAAUUUGGUAGGCUGGAAUAAAGCUGUGUGAAACUGAAACAUUCUAAAAUUUAGCUAUAUGGAAUCAAUUUAGAGUCGAUGGUAUGCAAAAUCCUUCAUUCGUCGCAAUAUGGUUCCCAUAGAAAACAGUUGUACUACUGAUCAUCAACAAAUGUUUUGCCGGCUAAUUAAUAUUUACAAUAUCCUACAAAGAAGAAUACAAACCACUUCUUAUAUUCUCUACUGAAAGCUAAAAUAAAACUAUCCGUAUAACGAUUAAAUGGUAUAGAUUAGCCGAGAAGCUGCUACUACGAAGUUCUGUUACGCAAGAUUGUUCAAACAUAUAUUCCUUAUGAACAAAAAAAACCCUACUGUGUUUGUUGUCGCGGAUUUUUUAUAAAUAAAUAGUUCAUCUCUCUUCCCGCCCACACAAAGAAACUACCGAAGAACGCAACAAUUACGUCCAACUCCUCACCUUCACUUCGCGCAAACGAUUUCUACUCUCAGAACUCACGGAAGAUCCAUCGAGAGCACUAUCGCAGUUCUUCUCGAGAAAUAUCGUUUGCACAUGAGGGAUUUUGGCAUUGAAGAUUUUUCGGCUUUCUAAUCGUUUGCGGAAUUGUUCAUUUCAUUCGUUGUUUUCAAAUAAUAAGAAUGCAUCGCUUGGUGGUGUUCGCUUGGAUGUUAAUCGUUUGCUGUUUGGGUGCUGAGGUAUUGGAGAUGGAACCACGCAUCAUACCCCUGAACCAUCCGGGCCGGUGUCGAAGAGCUCCACAGGGUGUUACUACCCCCAGGGAGAUGGGGGAUAAGGGAUUCUACAUUGAAAUAUCAGGGCACCCUGAAAAGUAUCAACCAGGAGAAGUGUAUACAAUAACUCUACAAGGAUUCACACCCGAUAUGAUUGCGAAGAAGUUCAUCGGCUUCAUGCUAGUUGUGGUUCCAAAAGUGAUGAAGAACGACAUCUCAUCAAGACCGGACGUUGGAACUUUCCAGUUGUUCAAAGAUGCCAUGAUCAAGUACUCGGAUGAGUGUCCGAAUGCAAUCGAACACACCUCCCUCAUCCCUAAACAGCAAAUCAGAUUGAAAUGGAAGGCUCCACCUGCUGGAUCGGGAUGUGUCGUUUUUAAAGGUAUGGUCCAAGAGAAUAGAGAAGUAUGGUUUAUGGACGAAGGUGGUCUAAUUCAAGAGCUAUGUGAAGAAGAGCAAGAAAGUCAAGACGAGCAACCGCCAAUCAUUGAAGACUGUUGUGCCUGCAACGAGGCCAAAUACGAACUGAUCUUCGAGGGUCUCUGGUCAAGACACACGCAUCCUAAAGAUUUCCCAGAAAAUGAAUGGCUGACUUCAUUCUCCGAUAUCAUCGGUGCUUCUCACAAUGUGAACUUCCGCAUGUGGGAAUAUGGAGGAUAUGCAACAGAGGGUGUCAAAGAAGUCGCUGAGAAAGGCAAGACCAAGAAGCUUGAAUCAGAACUGAAGACGGAGUCAAACAAGAUUCGCACCAUCGUCAAGGCUAAAGGCUUGUGGUAUCCGCACGUGCAAGGAAAAACAUUUGCCAUGUUCCGCGUUGACAAGUACCACCACCUGAUUUCUAUCCUCUCCACGCUAGGUCCCAGUCCGGACUGGAUCGUGGGUGUGAGUGCCCUCGAACUUUGCCUCAAAAACUGUUCUUGGGUAGCAGAGCGGGUCAUGAAUCUUUACCCCUGGGAUGCUGGGACGGAUAGUGGAAUGACUUACACGAGUCGAAAUAUACCUUCCAUUCCUCAAGAGAAAAUCCGGCGUAUCACUGCCUCGACCCCAAACAACUUGCAGUCGCCCUUCUACGAUCCCUCCGGUGAACCCAUGAAGCCUGUGGCGAGGUUGACCGUCACCAGGCAAAGAGUGUAUGACAAGAACUGCUCUGAUUAUGAAAUGUUUGGAUACUCCACUGCCCCAUACACCAAUCCGGAAAGAAACUCAAGUGACUGUCGCGUGACAGAAUGGUCGGAAUUCCAACCCUGCAGCGUGACUUGUGGCAAAGGCAUCCAAAUGAGAUGGCGCCAGUACAAAAACAAGCAGAAAGCAGAACUGAAAGGUUGCAAUUCGGAGCUGGUGCAGCAAAAAAUCUGCGAAGAGCCUUGCAUUGGAAAUGUCAGUUGCAGAACUUCCGAAUGGGGUGAAUGGUCUGAUUGCAGCGUCACCUGUGGUAAGGGUCUGCGCAACCGCAGUCGUAAGUAUUUGGAUAAUCGUGCACGAAAGUCUUGCACAUUGGAACUUAUGGAGAAAGAAACAUGCAUGAAAGCCCCUUGUGCGCCAACUCCUAGACCGGUGGAUCCCAAAUGUCCCGUGACUCAUUGGUCUGAAUGGUCACCAUGUACGGUGACCUGUGGAACGGGCUAUAAGGUGCGCACGAGGCUGUAUCUGCGUCCAGCCUCCAGCAACAUGUGCACCUUAGAACUGGCACAGAAGGAACCCUGUACUGCAGAGAAGGAAGACUGUUCUACUGAUAUCACGAAUGUGAGAAAAAUAUGCAUGCAGUCCAAAGAGAUCGGACCUUGUCGAGGCUAUUUUCCUCGUUGGUUCUAUGAUGUGAAUCGCAGAAUGUGCCUUCAGUUCAUCUAUGGAGGUUGUAGAGGAAACGAAAACAACUUCGACAGAUAUGCAGAUUGUCACCGAACGUGCGAGCUCGCCCUUUCAAAUGCGGACAGUAUUGCAAUGAAUACCACUAGUACUAUGCAACCCUACACAGAUUCUAUGAAUACUGCCAUGCCUUUGUUAAUGUCAUCUUCCUCUCCACUGGACGUCAUCGACUGUGUCGUCAGCAAUUGGUCAAAUUGGACUCCAUGUUCUAGGACAUGUGGGAACGGACGAAAGGAGCGCAGGCGUGUGGUCAAGCAGAAUCCUGAGAACGGUGGGCAGCCAUGUCCUGGCAAACUAGUACAGAAGAGAAAAUGCAAGGAAAAUCCACCAUGCCCUAACUAGAAAGUGAAGAUGAAGUGUUGGAACUAGUGAAAUAUCAGUAUAGUACUGACUUUAUUGACAUCUCAAUGUAAAGAAUCCUGUAUAUUUAUUCUUAUUCAUUUUGUACGUAAGUUUGUUUUAGCAGCAAGAAAUGAUCUUUCAGCAAAUUACUAACCAAAUAAAGUUUCAGAGACUAAGCCAUUAAACAUGAGCUUAUAUAUUCUGAACGAUUCUGAAGAAACUUGUGGUAUGUUUGUAAGAUAUCGUAGAUAUGUUGUUGUUUCAUGAAUCAGUAAAUGGCUGAAGUUCAAAAUAAAUAAAUAUUUGUUAUCAUUUGCACUUUUAUAAGGAAUAAAAUCCAUUUUAAAAUUC